CAAGCCUUUCCAGUCUGGCCCGAAUGUGUCUCUAAAUGAACCUAAAAUGUGAGGUUAUUCAGUUUCAGCACGGUGUCUAACUUUGACCGUCGUUAGCUGCAUGUCAUGGCGGAAUAUGCCUUCCGACUGGACCAAAAUAUCUCGACCGAAACCGACUGUCACCGUUUCAGGUGUUCGUGUUGUUAUUGGAGCUAGCAUUAGCCUGGGCUAAAUUAGCUAAGGCUGCUGUUAUUUUAUACUUCAGCAUAACUGAUUCAUGGUUGCAGGGCAGAAAGCCGCAAAAACAAGGUAAUUCCGUUGCAAGUUGCACCGUUCCGUAAUAACCGGGUUAAUAUCUGGAUAUUAUUCUAUUCAUUAUUGCAGUUCUUUGUAGUAGUUUUAUAUAUAUAUGUACAUAUAUAAGUAAUUAACUGUUGUGUGAGUUUUAGGGAGACGCAUCUCAGGCAAAAUGUCGCGUGCAUCAACGGUUAAGGUUAGCUAACAGACUCGGAGUUGUCCCAGUACAAGCUGUUUUGAGAUGUAGCAGCAGGCAGCCAGUGAGCUGACCCUGGUUCAGCACAGCCCGUCUGUCAGAAGGCAAAAGGGAAAUCAUGUCCUGCAAAGCCGCAACCAAGGACAAGAAGUCGAGCUUCAGCAAGAAGCUGUUCAGGCGAGGCUCUGUGCGCUCCGUGGGCAGCUUUAUGAGCAAAGUCCUCCGGACGCUGACAGCCUUAUCACACUUUGGAUCUGAAGUACAAACUGAUGAUGACAAGGAUGAUGGAGGAUUCUCCGCGUUCAAAUCUGGGAGCAAAGAUGUUCCCAUGGAGGAUGGGGACUUUGGUGGGUUCCUGUCCGGAGAGCGAGUUCCCGGAGUGUCAGGGCUGAAGAACCACGGUAAUACCUGCUUCAUGAAUGCAAUCCUGCAGUGCCUGAGUAACACGGAACUCUUCGCCGAGUACCUCGUUUUGGAGCACUACAAAGGCGAGGAAUUAGAGGAGGAUAAGCCCAAAACAAACGGCGUCCAUCUGCAGAAGAAAGGACCUCUUGGUAAAGGGGAAGUGACCGAACAGCUGUCCGGACUGGUGCGGGCUUUGUGGACUUUUGAAUACACACCUCAGCAUAGCAGGGACUUCAAGAAUGCUGUGUCAAAAAAUGCCACACAGUUUAAAGGGAACGCUCAACACGAUGCUCAAGAGUUUCUACUGUGGUUGCUGGACAGAGUGCACGAGGAUCUCAACACCGUCAACCCAAACACCAGGCCUGCUAUUAAGCCUCCCAUUGAAGAAGAUGACCAGAGCUUAGAGGGGCCCUCUCCUCCUCUCUCUGCUGGGUCGUUUGUGCAGGAGCUGUUCCAGGCUCAGUACAGGUCUUCUCUCACUUGCCCGCAUUGCCAAAAGCAGAGCAACACCUUUGACCCCUUUCUCUGCAUCUCCUUACCAAUCCCUCUGCCACACACAAGGCCCUUGUAUGUGACUGUGGUCUACCAGGGGAAGUACUCUCACUGCAUGAGGAUUGGAGUUGCUGUUCCUCUCAAAAGUACUGUCUAUCGCCUCAGAGACGCUGUGUCACGUGAAACCAAGAUCCCAAUGGACCAGUUUGUUCUGACUGAAAUGUAUUACGAUGGCUUCCAUCGCUCAUUUUGCGAUGAUGACGAUGAUCUUGACAUCAUCCAAGAGAGCGAUUCCAUCUAUGCCUUUGAGACACCAGAGACCUUCAAAUUAGAAAACCUACGCACAAAAAGAGGAAGCCUUCUAGCAAAUCUAAAUCAUAACAAUUUAAAGUACGGGGCAGAAAUCAGCAGGACUCCAUCCUUCAUGCAGGGUGCAAUGACUCCUGUAACUGGCUCUCCAAAUAAAAAUGUCGGGCCAGAAAAGGUUAUUCUCCUAGUGUGUAACAGAGCGUGCACUGGCCACCAGGCAAAAAGAUUUGGCCUGCCUUUUGUACUGUACAUGGAGCGCACUGUGACUUGGGAUGCUCUUCAAAAAGAGAUCCUGGAGAAAAUGCGACAUCUUUUGAGGCCUGGGGUCUACAUUCAGGUUGGACCUUUCAGUCUGCGGGUGGUUGGCGUUGUUGGUAUUACCUACCUCCUUCCUCAAGAUGAGAGACCACUGUGUCACCCAACGGUUGAAAGAGCAUACAAGUCCUGUGGACAAGGGGGACCUCCACAUGUGAAGAUUGUGGUCGAGUGGGACAAGGAAACCAAGGACUAUCUGUUCGGCCACACUGAGGAGGAGUAUAUUCCAGAUGCUGAGAGCGUCUAUCUGCAUAGGCAGCAGCAUCAUCAGCCCCAGGCCUGCACCCUCGCUCACUGCUUUCAGCUCUACACUAAAGAGGAGCAGCUGGCUCCAGACGAUGCCUGGCGCUGUCCCCACUGCAAGCAGCUGCAGCAGGGCCGGAUAAAGCUCAGCUUGUGGACGCUGCCGGAUGUGCUUAUACUGCAUCUCAAGAGAUUUCGACAGGAAGGAGACCGGAGGGUGAAGAUGCAGAACAUGGUGAGGUUCCCACUGAUGGGGAUGGACAUGGCACCACAUGUGGUCAAGAGAAGCCAGAGCAGUUGGAGUUUACCGUCUCACUGGUCACCAUGGAGAAGGUCCUAUGGCCUUGGAAGGAACCCUGAUGACUACCUUUAUGACCUCUAUGCUGUUUGCAACCAUCAUGGCAAUAUGCAUGGAGGACACUACACUGCUUACUGCAAAAACUCAGUUGAUGGUCAGUGGUACUGCUUCGAUGACAGUGAGGUGACACCAAUUUCUGAUGAUGCUGUGUGUCAGCAAACGGCCUAUAUACUGUUUUACCAGAGAAGAACCGCAAUUCCCUCUUGGUCUGCCAACAGCUCUGUUGCUGGCUCCACUAGCUCAUCACUGUGUGACCACUGGAUCAAUAGGUUACCUGGAAGCAGGCCUGCCAGUUUGGCCUCUGGAGCUUCUUCCAGACGUACCUCGCUUGCUUCACUGGCUGAGUCGGUGGAGUUUCCUGCAGAACGUAAUGAGGAUGAUGGAGGAUUUUCUGUCCGCCCAUUUGUGAGAAGCAUCCAGCGGCAGAGCUUGUCCUCAAGGUCAUCUAUUGCCAGCCCUUUGGCCUUCAGUGACAGUGGAAUGAAGCCGUCUUGGUCUCUCUCUGCCAAGCUCCAGAUGAGAUCCAACUCACCCUCACGCUUCUCCUUAGACUCUCGAUGUUCUCCUCCUCUCGAGAGGAUAGGAGAGGCAGGCGACGAUAAGGUAUCCACAUCCUGUUUUGGCAGCUACAGUCGACAUGAACGGUACUUUGGCAGCAGGACUCCGUUGUCUAUGAUGGAAAGCAACUUCGGUGAAGACAGCAAUAAAAGGUUCCUAGACAUGAUGUACUGCAAGGCUCCCACCCCAGUGGAAAAGAAGAGCAGCAAAAACGACACAACUGAAAACAACAAUGAGAUCACAGCUAUUGACCAAAACAAACAACCCACUCAAGCAACCCCCUCCAAAGAGCAAAAAAGAAAAAGUAGCAUUGGAGGAUUUACCCUGAAGUCUGAAAGCACAGGCUCCACCAAGAGCUCCAGCAAAACAGAGUUGGAGAAGACCUCCAAAAAACGUCUUUGCUCAAUUAAUAAAAACCCAGCCUCCGAAGCGUCUUCCAGUUCACCGGCAAAAGGCAAGAAGCUGAGCAGCACGAAGGAGAAGACUGUAAAUACAAAAAAAAGCACCUUGACACCCAGUGGAACUCCCUCGAAAACGAAGGAAUCAAAUAAAACUCCAGAGGCGACUCCACAACGUAAACCUUCCCUCUGCUCCACACCUCAGUCUUCAGCUUCUCCCUCUCCAACUGCGAAGAAGAACUCAAGCAUUACUGAGAAGGGCUCAACAAGCUGCCGGAAACGACUGAUGGAAAGGAGUUACAGCAGAGAUUCUAUGCACACCAGCCCCCUAGUUGAUAGCCAUCGGAGCAGCUGUGUGUCCCGCAGUUCAAUUCCCAAGAAUGGGGACAGUAGUCGGCUUGAGAGGAGGUCUGUAAGGAGUUCAAGCAGCAGUUCUUCAGUCACUAGCCUGCGCUCACCAAGUGUAUCCACCAGAGACCUGCAACGGAGUAGCAAAUCAGAGGAGAAAGGUUUGUCUUUCUUCAAGAGUGCCCUCCGACAGAGAGAAAGUCGCCGGUCGGCCGAUUUAGGAAAAAGUGCAUUGCUUACCAAAUUGGCUUCAGAGAGGACAUGCAAGCAGAAUGGACAAGCUAAGGAGGUAGACGGUGAUGAUCAAAAGACUGGAGAAGCAGGGUCCUUGAAAAUGUCUAAAGAAACUCUGGGAGGCGAGCCAAACUCAGACAAGCAGGAGUCUUCCAAGCUCCCCAGCUCUCUUAGUCGUACUUUACUAGGAAAGUCCAAGUCUUCCUCAUCCGAUGUAAGUAGCAAGUCUCGUACAGAUGGGAAGAAACCUCUAGAAAAGAUGACAUCUUCUCGAAAGCUGUCAUCAAGCAUGCAAUCUCCUGCACGAACAACACAGAGGCCUCAGUAAUACAUCGGUAAUAGUAAUGAGAAAUAGAACAAUGCAGCUAUUUACGUUGAAUCUGGGUUUCAGUUAGCAUCAGAUGUAUUUGAGACAUACUUUUUGGUGUUAUGGUUUUCUACAUUAGCCCUAAAAUCUUUGGCUUUGAAAUUUCUCUGUUUAAGAUAUUUCUUUUUUUGUUUUUUAUUAAAGUAAAAACAUUCUAUUGUCUGCAUACAAGAAUUCAUGGCACUUGCCUGACAUGCUAACAGUAUUUUUCCAGCCUUUUGAUGCUUAUGUUUUGAAUGUCUUCUGUAAAUAUUCAAAAGCCAAUCUCAAAGAAAACAAAACCAUGACAUCAAAAUUAGCCUCUGGUACCAGUUCCCAGUUAUUUUAUAGUUCAGAAAAACGUUUUAAGAGUUUCAUUCUGAAAUCUUUAAAAAUUUUAUUUUUUGUGAAUUGCUUUGAGCCUAUGCUUUUCUCACUUGUCUUCAUGUUGUCUACACAUUUAUUACUAUAAAUGCAAAGUUUUUAAAUUGAAAGCAGUGGAGAAAAAUGCAUGCCAUAUUUACUUCUAAAAAUUCGCUAACAUUCUUAAAAGCCUUUGGUAUUGAUGUAUAGGAGCAACAACAAAUGAGUCUUUAUUUUGAAUAUUAAAAAUAUUAAAGUGAAUGAUGGCUCUAGACCAAACCCGGAAAUAUAAAAAAUUACUCUAUAAAAGAGGUUCUGCAAAAUUUUGAAACCUUAGUUUUUAUUUUAUAGAGUACUGUUUUGAUAAAAGAUUUUUUUUAAGUAAAAAUGUAUUUAAGUUCUUAUGUAUAUAUAAAAAAAUUGGAUGGUUUGAAAGGAAAACCCUUUAAAAUCUAAAUGUAUCAAUACAUAUUGAUGUAACUAUAAAAUUGUGGACAUAACAUAAAUUGUAUCCAUUUUCCCCCCUCUAUGAGCAAGAUAAGAAAUAAUCUUAAGCGCCUUUUAAUGCUGCAUAUGGAACAAAAAUGGCCUUUUGGCAAAAUAGUCUUUUACUGUAAGUGUCACCUAUAGGAAUGUUGUUCAAUAGCACUUUGUAUCGUUGAAAACAUAGGAAAGUUAUUAUAUAAUAGUUUGUUAAAUAUUAUAGGGUACAUUGUAAAGUAGAGUAAGGAGCCUUAGACUUAAAGUGGUAAAAGGGUACAUUCAUCUCAAUGUUGCAGGGUUCACCCUACCAUAAGAAAUAUUUCAUCUAAUACAACUAGUGCUGUAACAGACCACUGCUUCAGUAGCACUGACAGGUUCUUUUCUUUUAAAUAAUUACGUUAAGAACUGUAACCACAAUUUUAAUGAGUUACAGAGCUGUUGGUGUUUGUAUCAUAACCUUUGGUACCUCAUUCAAGAUGUUAUCUUAAACAACAUUUUGUCUUCUGAAGCCUGAAUCACAUUAUUGGUAAUGAGCCAUUUACUUAGCUAAAUAACUCAACAUAUGUUGUCCGGGAAUAGUUGUCAAUGUGUGGACAUGAAUGCUGAACUUUCUCAUCUGAUCUUCCGGACAGUGCAUGACAGAUUUACUUAAGAAAAAAAAAAUGAAACAAAGUCUGGCGCUUGUCAUCAGGUUUGCUGGGCUUAUUUUAGAUUGUAACUGUAGCUUAGUAAUUGUUAAACUGUGCCACCUCUACUGGCAAUACUCAGACAUCAAAUACCAGCAGACACUUUGUUUUCAAAGAUUUAAAUGUCUGUAAAGGAUCAGAAUUUAAGUCUCAAAUGUUUUUAUUUUUUCAUUUUAGCUAUGCAGGAGUUUGUUUUCGUAGCAUUUGUCAAGUUUACAAUAGCUCUCGAGUUGUUUGAGAAAAUGCCACCUUAUUGAACCUGACUGCAUUAUUUAAAUGGUCUGUGACAUAUUUGGCUAGAUCAGUCUAUUAAAGUCUAUUAUUGGAUUGGGAUUUGCCAAUCUUAAGUUUAAGACUGGAGCGAUGCACCAAGAUCAGGUUGGAAAGUGUAUAAUUCUCCAUCUAAACUGCCAAAUAAAAUUAUUGAAUCAAAUACAUUGUUAACAUGAUAGACAGGAUCUAUCAGUAAUAAUGUUUCAUAAAACAAAUAGGCUUGAAUUUAAAAACUAGACACCUCCUUUGUGACCAUUAAAACACAAUGAAACACAUUUUUAAUUAUGUUUUACUUCCUGUAGGUACGUUUCUUUAACGUGUUUCUGCAAUACUCAAAAGUACAAUCAGACAUUUGGAUAUGGCAUCAUCCUCAGUUGAUGCCUACUAUAACAGCUCAUUUCUGUCACAGACCAUAAAAAUAAAAGGCAGCAUGUUUAGAUAAUAUGGUGUUGCUGUAGCUGCUCUAUUUACCCAAUCUAUCAGGAACAUGUGCAUGGCACUUGAAUCAAAGGAGAUAUUUUUUUUGAUUCAUUUUGCUUUGUCUUUCUGUAAAGUCUGUAACUGUUGGUAUACAUUUCAGAAAUGGCUCAUCCUUCAUGUUUGUUUCCAGUCAUGUCCAAGUUCAUGUAGCCAUAAAGCGGUGUGAUGCCCUUUUACUUACAAAGCUUUUUUAUAUUUUCUAUUAGGGUUGGAGGUCGCUGUUAGACAAUCUGAUAAAAAAAAAAAAAAAAAACAUUAAAUGUUAAUACUUUAUUACGAAUAUGUAAAUAUAAAUCAUCUCUUUUGGGCACAUCAUCUUCCCAAAGCAUUGUUGAGUUUUUGGGACCCUGUAAAGACAGGUGGUAUGUUCCACAGUUUUUAUUACCACUACAUUUCUGACAGUUUCUUUAAACAUGCAAAAUACUUAGAGAUCUGACUGGUUAGGACUUAUAGUUCAGUAUGAAACAUCAGGCAGCUAACUCUUUGGAAAUUGGGCAGGUUUUCAGCUGAGAUGCAAUUUAGUAAAUUGAAAUAUUACUGAGAGAUAAAAAUUAUUUCUGUAAUUCAGUUUAAAAAGAACCAUUAAUUCUAAUGAUUAAGGCUUACAGCUUAAAAAGUCAAAAUACAGUUUCUUGAGGAUGUUAAGAUACUGUGCUCUUUUGCUGCAAUCUGAGAUCUUAAUUUUCUAAUUUUUAAAAUUUAUGUAUGAAAGCUGCUUCCAAAUGUUCAAGAGAGACAAAAAUUGUAACAAAAAAAACAAAUAUAAUUUGGGAUUUACUUCAUAUAAUUUUAAUCUCCAGAUGCUGGAUUAUGUGAGAUAAAAAAAAGUAUAAAAAUGUGUACAAUCAAAGAUUAAACCAAUUCUCAUUCCAGUUGAAAACAUUAAAGCUGAAUCAUAAUCUUCUCAUGAAUCUUCUUUGUUUACCCUUCUGCACUGCAGUGCAUGUCUCUUUUUUCUUUUCAUUUUCCUUUGCUGUUUCCUGUAAACUUGUCAUUGUACAGACCAGAAUGAUUAAUGAAUGCAGUAUUGCAUGAAAACACUAAUGCAUGUAUUUUAAAUCAACUAUGCAAGACUGCAGCUGUGUAACAUAGAUUGCAAUGCAUGGCAGGUAUAUCCCAUUGCUUUAUUUGCACACCUUUACAAUAGUUCAGAAUUAUAGAACACAGAAUAUUUCAUUUUGCUGUAAAGUGUUUUGAGUCAUUAAUUUCUUCCAUGUUGACUUUCUCUAAUCUUUAUGGGUGCUCCCACUAGUCUGGUGGGUUUUUUGUCAUUGUCGUUUCACAUUUACCGUUGUACACCAGCAGAGAAUACUAUGGAUGCGAAAAUCUAUAUGUGGUUACUAUGUCGACUCAUUAUCUGUGACUGUAUUGUGAAAGCCUUUCAUUAGUUUACUUCAGUGGGGGAAAAAAGUGUGUGAACCCCUGUUGCCAUUUUCUCAGCUGUAUCCAAGGUGUGGUCAGUCUUGAAUAUAUAUAAUGAAAAAUAGCAACGUAGCUACAUGCAAUAAAUAGAGAUAGUAAAUUUAGUUUUGUAAUACAGUACAUAAAUAUGACAUUAUUUUUUUUAGUUUCAUAUUUAUCAGACAGUCAUUUCAGUCAUGCUGAUUUUAUUUUUAUUAUUAAUUCAAAUUUUUAAAGAGGCAGUUUUACAAAUUACUCUUUUUUUUCAUGGCUUGUGAACUUUUGUUUAUUGAAUAUUCAGCCAGCAGGAGCAAACAUCUAUUACUAUUAAGAUAAAGUAGCAUGUUACAUAUUCAGAUAUGCAUUUUGCUGCUAAACUGAAGCCGCAUUGAACUUUGAAACUAAAGUACUUGCAUUUUACAUUUGAGUAACAUACAUCAUUUCUGCAGGUUCCGUGGCACUUCAAAUAUAUUCCCUCAAGUAGAGCGUCGAUGUUUAAAAGGCUUGCAGUACUUUAAAAUGGAUUUUCGAGGCAUUUUUCAAAUGUAAGCACUACAAAUGUACUAAAACUGUUUGCUAGCCUUAAGCAGUCACAUGUAAUGGUUAUGUCACUUUGGAAGAUGCAGAAUUUAGAAAGCUGUGUAAUGAAAUGUCUUGAGUGUCAUUUAUUUUUGUUAAGCUAGAAAAUCAUUCUGGAUACACAGAUUUCUUUCUUUUUUUUUUUUUUACAUUUUUAUAUAAUCUACAAACUUUUAUAAAAUUAAAUAUCUUGCAAAUGUUCACUUUUUAAGUUUGAGAAUAGUUUAUUCCUUUUUAUCAGACCAACAGCUGCAUUUUGUGAUUCUUGUUAUACAUUACAGCCUCUAUUCCACAAUAUGCCUGUACAUUUUUUGUUAAACUGUUAGGUCAUUUAGCUGAUUUGAGCUCAAGUCUUUUUAAUUUAAUUUAUUUUUUUAUUUUGUUUUUUCUAUCAUGUGCACUUUUAUAUUUGUUUCGUCCAAAUGGACAAAUGUGUACAUACUUCCAUGCAAGUGCAAAAUUAAACUUCUCAUUAAUA